AUGUGGUCUGAAGAACGAAUGAUUGGCAUGCAGUGUUUCGAGAGCUGUUGUAGAAUGCAGACGAUGCUGGAGCUGAAAACUUCGUUAUUGUAUAUGAUCAGAAAAAGCCAGGGUGGAACCAUGGCCAUCGAUUCUGUUGGACUGAUCUGUCAGUCUAAUGUUCUUGGCAGCCUGCCCAAGGAUGUCAACAUAGCGAUGAAAUGGUCCGCCUUUCUCGCAACAAAGCAAAGAUGCAUCCAUAUGCACAAUUUCCGCCGAGUGUUAUUACGCGCAUCCAAACGUGCGAGUCUUGGUGCUAUUCCAACUUACUAUCGAAGUCUGUAUAGCGGAGUUGUCCUGCCGCUCUGUCCUGAUGAUUUGCAGGAGAACUUUGUGGUAUUUAAAUUGCAGGUAAAUCAAUCAGUGCUUCAGCAUCCAAUCACCAAUGCACUCUUCAUUGCUCUUAGGGUUAGCACCCAGGUCAGUGCAGAUGCUCAGGACGACAAGGGCAGGGUAGACUAUUAUGCUGUUGCACAUCGCAUUUCGGAGGUCUCGAAGCAGCCUGGUAUUCUUAUCGGUAGCCAGCUCAAGUCGUUACAACAAGGUAUCCUUGCAGAUGAGAUGGGUCUCGGAAAAACAAUAUGUUCAAAUCUCGCUGCUCACAUUCCUCAUCGAGGUCAAGAGACAACCCGGGCCUUAUCUUAUCAUCGUGCCACUGUCAACGAUGACGAGCUGGUUCGGCGAAUUUGCAAAGUGGGCGCCGAUGGUGAAGAUGAAAGGGCAACCCCACACAACGUCGCGACCUCCAAGGCGAACUGCAGAUGGGUCAGUUCCAAGUUCUGCUCACCACAUAUGAGUACAUCAUCAAGGACCGAAUUUCUCAGCAAGCUCAAAUGGGUGCACAUGAUCAUCGAUGAAAAAGCACAAAAUGAACAUGAACACGAGGAAUGCGAAGGGGACAUGGGCACAGCCAGAGAAGGGCGCGAGAUCCUCGAGGUGCCUGAGGGCGACCUUAGCGACACAAGGAAGUGA